CCCUAUAGUCGAGAAGCUAAGGUCUAAUGUUAUACCACCGCUUUGUUUCGCCCUCAGUUUCGGGAUUCAUCCUGAAGGCUUUCCGACAGGCUCCUUAGUAAGACGGCACUCGAUUGAAUCGGUCUGUCUCUACGUCCAAGUAGGCGGGUUCACCGCAGGGUACAAAGCCAAAGAGAAAAGACCUUAGUGCGCACGCGCAGUAGGCAGCCGAGGGAGCCACCGAUGGAGCAGUCCGGAGGGGAGCAAGAGCCCGGAGCCGUCAGGCUUCUGGACCUUCCCUGGGAAGACGUGCUACUCCCUUACGUCCUGAGCCGGGUACCGCUGCGCCAGCUACUUCGGCUGCAGCGAGUCAGCCGGGCCUUCCGGGCACUAGUGCAGCUGCACCUUGCGGGGUUGCGCCGCUUUGACGCUGCUCAGGUGGGUCCGCAUAUCCCGCGGGCCGCAUUGGCCUGGCUGCUGCGGGACGCCGAGGGGUUACAGGAGCUGGCGCUGGCGCCGUGUCACGAAUGGCUGUCGGACGAGGAUCUGGUGCCGGUGCUGGCGCGGAAUCCGCAGCUGCGGAGUGUGGCGCUGGCCGGCUGCGGACAACUGAGCCGCCGCGCGCUGGGGGCGCUGGCCGAAGGCUGCCCCCGCCUGCAGCGCCUGUCUCUUGCGCACUGUGACUGGGUAGACGGUCUGGCACUGCGCGGCCUCGCCGACCGCUGUCCAGCCCUUGAGGAGCUGGACCUCACCGCCUGCCGUCAGCUCAAGGAUGAGGCCAUAGUGUACCUGGCGCAGAGGCGCGGCGCGGGCCUCCGCAGCCUCUCGCUGGCGGUCAAUGCCAAUGUGGGGGACGCCGCCGUCCAGGAAUUGGCUCGAAACUGCCCGGAACUCCAGCACCUCGACUUAACCGGCUGCCUCCGCGUGGGAAGCGACGGCGUCAGUCUCACCCCGCUCCUCCCCCAGGACAUUGGCUGAGUACUGCCCUGUGCUACGCUCGCUGCGGGUGCGGCACUGCCACCAUGUGGCCGAGCACAGCCUGAGCCGCUUGCGGAAGCGCGGCGUGGAUAUCGACGUGGAGCCACCGCUGCAUCAGGCCCUGGUACUGCUGCAGGACAUGGCGGGCUUUGCACCCUUUGUCAACCUGCAGGUCUGACUUGCCCGCUGAUGGGGCACAGCUGGACUGUGUUGCGGGGCCUAUGAACUGUAGGGAAAUUGGGCUGUGGGGUGCCUCUGGUGAGAGACCAAUGCCCUGCCCCACUCUGGAGCUUCAAAUAAAGAGCUUUUUACCCCUU